AUGAAAUACUCCUUCGUCACAUGGCUUGGCAGUGCAACACUGCAGGUCUACACUGUCUUUGGCUACUCUCCACUCGACCACAACUGCAUCGCUCAUACAGACGACAGAAGUUUCGGCGGGCAUUAUAGCACGCACAAGGCCACGGUAUGUGAGUGGCUUGGCGUGCCAUAUGCCCGACCGCCUGUUGGAGAUCUAAGAUUCGCGCCGCCUGUCAAGCCAGUCUUGUUAAAUGACGCCUUCGACGCCAGCAGUUAUGGCUACGACUGUCCUCAAAACCCGUCUAGGUAUAUCGCGUAUCCGAACGCGACUAGUCAAUACGGUGGUAUAUACGCCAACUUUGUCAACUCUCUGAAUAACACACAAAGCGAGGACUGCUUAACGCUGAACAUCUGGUCAAAGCCAACUCAGAAUUUCUCGAAUCGCAUUGACGAUAAUUCUGGGCUGAAGCCUGUGCUCGUGUGGAUUUAUGGGGGCCGAUUUUCAGCCGGAAGCAGCAACACGCCGUUCUACCAGGGCGAGUUCUUGGCGGAUGCCCAGGACGUUGUGGUGGUGACCUUCAACUUUCGUAUGAACAUCUUUGGGUUCCCUGGAGCGCCUGAGCUUGAGAUGAAGAACCUCGCCCUCUUGGACCAGCGCUUGGCCGUCUCGUGGGUACAAGACAACAUCGCGGUAUUUGGCGGCGACGCCUCUCGUAUUACAAUAGCUGGGCAGUCAUCGGGCUCCUGGGCUGUGAGUAACUGGGCUUAUGCUUUUCAGGACGACCCAAUCGUUGCAGGGCUCAUUUCUCAUUCUGGCAAUAUCUUCUCGUUCGACAGCAACAGUGCCGACCUAGCUGCCUCGAAUUGGUACAAUGUCUCAAGAACACUCGGAUGCGGUGCUUCAGAAUCGACUCUCCAGUGCAUGCGCUCACCCAACAUCACUAUUGAUUCAAUUCUCGCAGCUGCCGCUCGUGUACCCACGACCGGCUCAGUCACUCGCUCCCUGCCGGCCUUCCAGAUCACCGAAGACAACCUCACGGUAUUUUCAAGGUCCGAGUACGUUUCACGACUUGCUGCGGGGCAGUUGGCACGACUCCCGCACCUCCAGUUGCAAACAGACCACGAGUCUGGUUUCUACAGGAUUUCGGCCUCAGCAAGGGGGAUCGUGCUCCCGGAAAGCAACUGGACGCUCUUCGAGCAGGAGACGUUCACCUGUCCGCUCGCGGCAGACGCGCACGGGCGAACAAAACUGAACAUCACGAGCUACCGCGCCCGAUACAUGGCAGACUGGGAUAAUCUGCGGCUCUUCUACCAAAUGGAACCACCCUACGACAGUGGAGCCUACCACGGUGUAGAUAUCAACAUGGUUGUUGGCAACGCGGAAGGCGUCAGCGGGAUUGAAUCGUCGGCCCAGGAGGAAAGACUCAAAGAGACGAUGCAGAAGGCGUGGGUGGCCUUUGCCGCUGAUCCGUCGGAUGGUUUGACUUCCGUGAUGGGUUGGCCCAAGUAUCAGCCUGACUCCGAGACGCUGAUUCUGCUGGGCUAUAACACGACCUCGGCUGUGAAGCAUGUUAACCCAACGACGUAUGAUUUUGCGUGUCAGAAUUUGGAUCUUGUUUUCCGAGACCACUCUAUAUUCGUAUAUAGUCAGGGUAACAAGUUCUAA